GUGGCCAUCAAAAAACGGUCAAGAGUUCCUGGGGUUAUGAUCACUCAGUACGUGGAGAACAUUCCGGCAGGAAAGUCAACCCCGGAUUUCAGUCAGAAACCUAUUUCUGUGACUGUACAGGAAGGUAAAAAGGCUGUUUUCAAGGCUGUGGUUACAGGAGAGCCAGCACCAACUGUCACAUGGGGGCGAAACAGAAGCAAACUUGCUGAAUUAGGGAAUUAUCAGACUAGAUAUGAUGAAAAAACUCACGAACACAUUCUUGAGAUACCCGAUGUAAAAUCAGACCAUGCGGACACCUUCAAAUGUUUUGCCACCAAUGAAUAUGGGAAGGCUAUUUGCACAGCUUUGUUGAAUGUUUCUGAAGUUGGAUUCAAGAAGAAUGGCCUGAUAGGAAAAGGUCAAGCACCGCAGGAUUUCCGCUCAAUGCUCAAGAAAACAAAAAAGCAGCUCCCGAAAAAGAAAAACGGAGAGAUUGAUCCAAAGCUCUGGGAACUGCUUCUGAGCGCACCGAGGAAGGAUUAUGAAAAAAUCUGUAUUGACUAUGGUGUCUAUGAUUUUCGCUGGAUGCUGAAGAGGCUGAAACAACUGAAAAAGGAAAGGGAAGAUGAACAAGCAAAGGUUGUGGAGAGACUGGACAACGUGAAACAAAUAGAAGUGAAACCAAAUGGUAAAGCUGAAUUUGAGCUAGACAUGACACUAAAGGAUCCAAACAGUACAAUUAACUUGUACAAGGAUGGGAUGAUGGUUCUCUAUGGUACUGAUGAAACAUCAAAACACUGCCUCAAGCAAAAAGGGACAAAGUAUGUUUUCACCAUCAAUGAUCCUCAGCCAGAGGAUGCUGGGUUUUACCAAGUUGAUGUUGAGGAAGUAAAUGUUCUCGCAACUGACUUCCAAGUCCCUGAGGUUGAGUUCAUAGCCCAGCUUAAGGAUGUGAAGGCCUUUGAGGGUGAAGAUGCCAUCUUUCAGUGUGUUUUAUCAACUCCACUCAACAGAAUCACCUGGUCGACAACGGACACAUCUCUUGAAAAUGGUGACAAAUAUGAAAUCACCGUCUCAGAAGACAAACUCAUCCACACAUUAAAAGUAAAAGACUGUGCGAUGGCAGACAGCAGAGUAUACUAUGCUAUCGCUGGCAUUGCCUCGAGCAGUGCCACUCUCACAGUAGAAGAUCGAGGUGUUCAGUUUGUUAGUGGGCUGUCAGAUACAGUCGCUAAUACAGGUGAAAAGGCAGAGCUAUCAUGCAAACUGAGCAGCGAAACCACAGAAGGACGCUGGUAUAAAGAUGGGAAAUUGCUAUCCAGUGAAGAUGGGGUAAGGAUUAUCAAAGAUGGAGCCUGUCACAAGUUGAUUAUUGAUUGCUGUACAAAGGAUGAUGCAGCUGCAUACCGUUUUGAGGCAGAAGGACGCAAAUCAGAAGCAAAACUUACUGUUCAAGACCCCCCAAAAAUCGACAAUGAUGCCUUGGGAAAAUUCUCAGAGCCAGUCAUUGUAAGGGCAGGUGAGAAUGCUGAAUGGAAGUUACCCUUUUCGGGUGGGGCACCGAUGUCUGUACAGUGGUAUAAGGAUGAUGAAGACCUUCUGCCUGGCCUUAAUGUGAAGAUUGAAACAUCAGACACUGGGAGCCAACUGCGCCUUUCUAAGUGCCAAAGGAAGGAUAUGGGAGAGAUCAAAAUCAAACUCAAGAAUGAAUUUGGUACAAUAGAGGCAACUUCCAAGCUUAUUGUAUUGGGUUAUCCUGGACCCCCAUCAGCACCUAAAGUGGUCAGUGCCUUUAAGGACUGCAUCAAUCUUGCAUGGUCUCCACCAUGUGACGAUGGAGGAAGCAAAAUAAUUGGAUACAAUCUGGAAAAGCACAAGAAGGGUACCAAUUACUGGAGCCUUGUGAACCAAGGAGGGCCAAUUACAGACACCAAGUAUGCAGUGAAAGAUGUAAUUGAGGGGGCUGCUUAUGAAUUUAGGGUGGCUGCUAUCAACCUAUCUGGUGCUGGUGAACCUAGCAUCCCAUGUGACACCGUUUUUGCAAGAGAUCCUAUGAAACCCCCAGGCAAAGUCAUAGACCUAAAGUUAACAUCCUCCAAUUACACUACAUUUUCCCUGGCCUGGACUAAACCUACGGAGGUGAAAGGGGUAGAAGAUGAAGCCCAAGGGUACUAUGUGGAGAUCAGACCAAUAGAGAGUCUUGAAUGGACUCGUUGUAAUGUCAACCCAAUUACUCCAACCUCCUUCACUGUGCUUGGCUUGAAGGCAAUGGCCAUGUACUGGGUGAGAGUGAUUGCCACCAAUUAUGGAGGUGAUGGGGAACCUCAGGGCUUUGACAAUUACAUCAUCGCCAUGCCUCCGCCUGUAAAGCCAAAGUUUAAAGACCGCAACAUGAAGAGCUUUGUGGUGGUGAGAUCCGGAAAUACUGUUCGCCUUAAUAUCAACUUUGAGGCCUCCCCCUUGCCAGAAAUCAUUUGGCUGAAAGAUGGUCUUCCAGUGCCCAAACAUGUGACAAUUACCAACUCAGAUGUAGGGUCUCAGUUUUUAAUCCCAACAGCUGAGCGCUCCGACACUGGCAUCUAUACCAUAAUUGUCAAGAAUAUUGCAGGCCAGGAGACAUUCAAUGUUGAGAUAAGAGUAACAGAUGACCCAAAGCCUCCAGGUCCAGUAGAGCUGGAACAGAACGUCUCUGGGACAGUGACUCUAUCCUGGACACCCUCCCCAGAUGAAAAAAGGGAUGACAGGUUACACUACAUGGUGGAAAAGCGAGACUCCUUCAAACGGACUUGGAGGACAGUGGCAGACAACCUCUUCAACAAUAAGUGCACAGUCAUCAACAUCUUGCCUGGGCGAGAGUAUUCCUUCAGAGUGUUUGCUAAAAAUGACAUCGGCCUUUCAGCACCCAGUGAGUCCCCAGUAUGGGGAACCAAAAAGGACAGAGUGAAAUUCAAAGUGGACAUGCCAGAGCCAAAAGUCUUGGACUUCCAAUCAGCCCCGUCGUUUCUUGUCCCCCUGAAGAGGCGUAUGGCUCCACAAGGCUAUGAAUGCUACAUGAGCUGUGCUAUUAAGGGUGAUCCAGCACCCCGUGUGACAUGGUACCGUGAUAACAUCAGCCUGAACACAAACACCAACUACUACAUCACCAAUGUGUGUGGGGUCUGCUCUUUGCUCAUACUAAGGGUGGGACCUAAAGACAAUGGGGAAUACAAAAUUGUCAUACAAAACCCACUGGGGACAGCAGAGUCCUCGAUGAUGCUGAAUGUCAGAGGGUGAAGAUGGACUACAACAUGUAGUGGCUGAACCAACUCUGGGUCCUUUUUGUGUGUUUGAAACGAACUCGGCUACACUCACCAAUGUACUUAGCUAUUAUUUAAAUGCUGCUUCAGAUCUAGUCGACAAACAGUUUAUUGAAUAACAUUAAAGAUUAUCCUACUGAGUCUGAUUGAUUGUUUUUGUUUUUUGGUUCAACUUCCUGCUCAACAAACUAUGUUGUC